AUGACCAGGCCUGAAAAGGGAGAAAACGAUCGAAAACCUUCCAUCAGGAAGAGUGGAAGGUAUGACCUCAGCCUGUUUGCCAGCCCUGACCUGGCCCGGUCUUUGCAGAGUGGAGGCUAUGAUCUCAGCCUGUUUGCCAGCCCUCCGGACUGUAACUUCCUGUGCUCUGUCUGCCACGGGGUGCUCAAGAGGCCGGUGAGGUUGCCGUGCCACCAUGUCUUCUGCAAGAAGUGCAUCCUUCGGUGGCUGGCCAGACAGAAGACCUGCCCCUGCUGCAGGGAAGACGUGAGCCGCAAAAGCAUGGUCCACGCCAGUCAACUGCAGAGAGCCAUCGGCCGCCUGGAAGUCAAGUGCAAGAACGCCGACGCUGGCUGUUUGGUGACGUGCCCCCUGGCCCAUCGGAAGGGGCACCAGGCCUCAUGCCCGUUCGAGCUGACGACCUGCCCCAACGAGGGCUGCUCCGCGCGGGUGCCACGCCAGGUCCUGGCCGCGCACCGGCAGCACUGCCAGCAGAGCGCCCAGCAGCGCUGCCCCCUGGGCUGUGGCGCCACCCUGGGGCCGGCCGAGAAGGCGGACCACAACUGCUACCGCGAGCUGCGCGAGGCCUGGGGCGUACGCCAGGCGCGCAGCCGCACCCUGCUGGCCCGCCUGCUGCGGCGCGUGCGCCGGGUGCACCGCGCCACCAACCUCAUCCGCCGGCAGCUGGCCCAGCUCGGUGACUUACUGGAGGGCGAUGCCGCCCUGUUCGUCCGCUCCCCGGCCCAGGCCGUCCCGGAAGGCAGCAGUGGGGCUGGGGUGUGGGAGGGCCAGGGCCAAGAUAUCUUGUACAUAGAGGAUUAA